AUGCCUUGUUUUGAUGUAUUAUUACAAUUUAUUAUAUAAUAGUUUCUAUCUUAAAUGGAAUUAAUACCUAUAGCUAAUUUAUUGGAAAGUGAAACUUAUAGAUUGGGUUAAGUAAUUUUAAAAGAAGGUGAGCCAUAGAAAUACUUUUAUAUUGUUGCAAGUGGUAGAUGUAAAUGUGUGAAAGAGGAAGUGUUUAUUAGAGAUUUGAAAGUAAUGAGAGCUGAUGAUCCAAAUAAAAAGAAGCCAUUGAAAUGUGGUUUAAUUGAUUGUAAUAAAAUAUCAAUAUAAGAGAUGCUUAAAUUAGAGAGGAUAAGAAAAUGAGAGUGAAGAAUACUUCCUUAGAUUUAGAAAAUGUGCCUGGAUUAGGGAUACCUUAAUCUUUUUAAUAUUAAGAAAUAUACAAGAAUAAAGAGUAUAUGGCAUUCAAAUACCAUUUCCUUUAUAGAGAAUUUGUAAGAGGUGAUUUCUUUAUGGGAAGAGUGUUAUUAAAUGAAUAUAAAUUAUUUGAUGAAGAUAUAAUGGAAAUGAAAUAUGAUUUAUCAGAAAAAAGUAGAUUAACAGUGAUUAGUGAUGCAGCAAAAACUGAGGUGUAUAAAUUAGAUAAGGGAUUAUUUCAUUUAGUUAGUCAACCAUUGAAACAACAUUUGAUUGAUGGAAUAAAGAGAAAACCAGAAUUUGAUCAUAUAUUUGAUAUGGAAGAAGCAAAAAAGGUUAAAAAAUGGGAUGCAUAUAAGAUGAAUCUAUUUAAAGCUGUGAUGGAGUAAAAGGAAUUGAAAAAUUGA